CAAGCAGUUUCUUGCAGACAAGAUGACAUUUACUGGCUUCUUUAUCUUCUGUAUGCUGAUGAACAUGCUAACAGAUGCCCGAUCCAUCCAGGAUGGAGAUGAUCCCUACCAGGAUGCUGCAGCCUUGCCCUACUGGCCCUUCUCAUCCAAUGAUUUCUGGUCCUAUGUGGAAUAUUUCCGGACCUUGGGAGCCUACAACAGGAUCAAUGACAUGGCCAGAGCCUUCUUUGCCCAGUUCCCUUUUGGGAGCCACCUUGGCUACCACGUGCGUGACCACGAGCACUGAGAGCCUCACUCAGCUUUGCCAGAGCUGCUGCCCAG